UGUUGUUACUAUUUACUAAAAAUCAUAAAUUAAAAAAUUUCCAAUUUGUUUGGUGCCUUGGCUAUGGUUAUGGUGUCUAGUUUGACAAAAUAACUCAGUGAAUGCAUAAACUGGCAUGGCUGUAAAAAAAUGGAUCAAUUAGUUUCCUCACAUUGUUUUCUAGUGGUUCUAUGAUCGUUUUGGAUCUUGGAAAAAUAGAUUCAAAAUACUGAUAUUGUAAGCAUCUAAGUCCAACCAACAACAAUUAAAAAUGCUCAAUUGUAAGUAUCACCGCCAAGAAAUCAGAACUUACCCAAUCAACAUCCAUCUAGUUUGUGUUAUCAUUUGACGGCUCCAUAACACUCUUCGCUGAUUUAAUUAAAAAAUUAAGGCUGGUUAUAAAGCAAAAUAGAGGGAGAAGACUUAGGAUGUAGCUGGUGAAAUAGUCGUGGUGCAUAAACACAAAAACAGAUGCACAAAAUAUAAAAAUACCUUUCGUGAUCUGAUUAAGCUUUUGGGUUGCAUCAAAUCCACUGCUACUAAGAUUUUGAUUGAAAAGAUCAACCUCUAACUUUGGAAUUGCAAUGAAUUUCAUCUUCUUCUUCGUCUUCUUCUAUUUCUGUAUCUCUGGAGGAAAACUACUAUCUGCUAGUUUUCCCUUAUUUUUAAUUUUUUGUGUCAUCUUUCUUUGGACAGAUUUGUCAAUUGCUAACUAUUGAAUUGAAGAGACUCAAUUUUCUUAAUUUGCAAAAGAAAAUGGUAAUUGGAGGAGGGCAGGGAAUUUGUUGUUUAUCAGGUGCUAUUAUUGAGCUGCGAUUGCUUGAAACCCUAGAAAACAAGCUUGCGCAUCCGAUCAUGGAGCGGCGAAGAUACACUCUUUCCUUUUAUCCCAACUGAGAUUCAACUGAUUUUUUUCAAGCAAUCGCAGCUCGAUAAUAGUACCUGAUUAACAUGAAAUUCCUACCCUCCUCCAAUUAGCAUCUUGUUUUGCAAAUCAAAAAAGAUUGAGUCUCUUCAAUCAAUAGUUAGCAAUUGAGAAACCAUUAAUCUAUCCAAAGAAAGAUACACAAAAAAUUAAGAAUGAGGGAAAACAAGCAGAUAGUAGUUCUGCUCCAGAGAUACUAAAAAAGAAGAAGAUGAAAUCCAUUGCAAUUCCAAAGUUAGAGGUUGAUUUUCAAUCAAAAUCUUAGUAGCAGUGGAGUGGAUGCAACCCAAAAGCUUAAUCAGAUCUCCAAAGGAAAGAGCGUUGUGGAGCCGUCAAAUGAUAACGCAGACCAGAUGGAUGUUGAUUGGGCCAUAGCAAUUCACUUCCCAGAGGUAAUACUUGAGGACAUUCUUAGCAGAUUACCUGUAAAGUCUCUACUUCGAUUCAAAUGUGUGUCAAAAUUUUGGGAAACGUUGAUCUCUGAGCCAUACUUUAAGAUGAAGCAUCUCAGUUGUGCCAAGAUUGACCAAGAUUCCCGGAAACUUCUUACUAUCCAAAUGUGCAGUAAGAAUCGUAUGUUUUCCAUGUAUUGUUGUCCUUUGUCGCCGAUUCAGCUGGUUGAGGAUGUACAUAAACUCAGUUUCCCUUCAAACCCUACGGUAUCACACUGCAUAAUCCAUUGUUGUAUGAUGGCCUGGCUGUUAUGGAGGUUCUUGAUACUUUUAAAGCUAAUCACUCCACGCUUUUUCUUUGGAAUCCCUCCACAAGAGAAUCAGCAGUACUUCCUUCUACGAAAUUUCAAUGGGGGAGCGUUUCUUGUUAUGGUUUGGGUUAUGACUCAACCAGUGGUGGGUAUAAGAUCUUUCAGCAUUAUCAGGGUUGCUCUAUUCCUGGUGAAAUUCUCACGCUGAAAGGUGGCUCCUGGAGAAGAAUUGAUGAGCAUCCUCGUGGCAUUGACAACCGGUUCAUUUGCAGGCAGUUUUUGGCAUUUGUACAUGCGGCAUUUCAUUGGAUCAGUUACUCAGGAUAUCAUGCUGUGGCGGUGUCGUCGUUUAGUAUUUCAAAUGAAGUGUACGGAGAGAUACCGUUCCCGGAGGAAAUGUCACCCUUGAAGGCGUUUAUUGGCAUUACAGAGUUGGAAGGAAUGCUUUGUGUUCAUUCUAAUUCUCUUUUUCCGGGUAAGCGUACUAUUAAGUUAUGGGUAUUGAAAGAGUAUGGUAUCAAGGAAUCUUGGAUUCCGUUCUUAUCUGUAGAAGAUCCUACGAAUGCUAUUUCUAUACCAAAAUAUAGGUUUGCAGAUGGUCAAGUGUUAUUCUGGUGCAGUGAAGGGGCUAUGUUUAGGACACGUUGUGUAGCAUGGCCUCGAUGUGAUACCAUAGUUGAUGGACAUGCUUUUAGACAAAGCUUGAUUCCUCCAAUAUGUUGUGGACCAUUUGGAGCAUUGCAUCCAUGUGAUUCCAUAUGUGAUGGACAUGUUUUUACAGAAAGCUUGAUUUCUCCAAGAUCACUUAUUUAUUAGUUUCUUAUGUAUGAUUGAGGAGCUUUUCUUCUUCGUUUGUUGUCAUGUUACAACUCUUGUACUCUUAUUUUCACCAGUUUUCGGAGUACAAUGUCAUAUGGAACAGAGGUUUCUCUGCUUGUUGAAUGUGAGAAUUUGAAAAGAUCGCAUUGCUUUUAAUAUUAUCA